GUCUCGCCGCGAUCGCAGUAUCACUCGAGUCCCGUGUGUGGAACUCGGCAGCGAAAAGUGUUCUGACGACGGCCGCUUUGUGUCGCUUGGUGACGCAGCUCGACGCCGCCUGCCUCCACCCGUGAGAGAAGCCGCCGUCAUAGUCCAAGCUCGAGUCAGCUGAGUUCCCCCCCCCCCCUCCACAUGACUUCGUUGACGGCGUCGUCCCCUCAACCGAUAUAUUUCUUCGACCAGCCUGCACCGCCGCGAAGUAAGAAGGGCAAACUUGUGAACGUGCUUAAGCCCAAAGACGAGAAGAAGGAAAAAAGGUCCGAAAAUGGCAAACAACUAAAACUCCUGAAAAAAGCCAAAAGUGACGAUCUUCUCGAGACAUCGACGGGCACAAAGGACGAAACAUGCGAAGAUGAGUCGGCGGAAGACGACACGCAGGACCCGCUGGCCAGCCAGAAGCGGGCCGCCCCUCGCUUGCUGAACGAACUGGGCCGCCUGCUGUACCGCAACCGGGGCGCCGCGUUGCAGGUGGCGGACAUCCUCAACUACUCGGCCGACGCGGCGCUCAAGCAGCGCCAGUCGGCGAAAGAUGCCGCUGCCCGACACAAGGCGGGCAGGAAGAAAAAGUCGCAAAAGAAAGCCGCAAAAGCAAAUCAAGACACAACAGAAGCUGCAGCUGUACCUAACGAAGUGUCCGCUCUCAGCCCCACACCCACGGAUGAGAGCAUGAUCUCCAGCAGCAGUCGCGAUCCAGAUUGGUUCGCUCUGCCGCUUCAGGCCUUGGGUGAAGACACGCCUCCUUCCAGGGGUUUGUGUCAGUGGGUGGUGGAGAGACUGAAGGCCAGCAGAAGUCCGCACAUAAAACCGCGAGUGGUCGAUCAGGUGCCGAGCUCGCCCAUCCUCCGUCACUAUGUCGACGCAAAGUCGGGAAUUAAGGCGAAGAGUGCGGUGACCGGUGAAGCCGACACUGUCGUCGAUGACGUGACUCCUUGCCGGAAACCGCCGCUGAAGAGACUACAUUGCAGGAUCAGCAAUGGAACUUCCUUCAUUUUCUACCCGUCAGGCAACAUGGCCGUGUGCCACAGCCACUCGGGUCUUCCGUCGGGAGGCUUCUGCACCAACGUGUUCACCGACAGCCACACUCCCGUCAUCCUGGCCACCGUCACCAUGUUCGGCCACGGUUCCGUCUCGCACCCUGUCAGCUCUGCGGUGACAGCCUUGUGGGACCAGCACGGCGGUUUCGUGUGCGACCGGGAAGGCAAUCUCAAGAAGGAGUGGAGCUGGAAGCCUGCCGAUGAACAGCAGGAGAAGAUUGUCGUCAAGCUGGCAAAGGGCAUCUCGGUGCGACUGCUCAGCGGCACGUCGGCUGUGCUGUCCUUCAAGUGCGAGGACAACAAAGUUCAGCUCCCGCUCUCGGCCCUCCCGUACUCCGCAAAGGAAGCGGAGGCCGACCAGCUGCUCCCGGAGGCGGAGGGGACGGUGUCGGCGCGCUGGAAGAAAGGAUGCCACGUGAUUGGCGAGCUGACCAAACUUCAGCAGAAAGUACGAGACGUCCUGGACGCGUGGCUGGACUAUUAUCGCGCCGCCACCGGCAUCAAGCGCUGUGAGAAAAAGCCAAAGACCCCAAAGGGCAAGCACAAAAAACGGGCACAUGCGUCCGCGCUGCCCGUCAAGAAGUCACCCGAGCGGGCCCGCGCCAAGCCGGCCAAGGCCAAAGAGAAAGUACCUGAGAAACAAGAGCCGCCCGCUAAGAAAACACCGCGGGAAGCUCAAGCCAAGCAAAGGGUACCCGCAAAGAACACAAAGGAGCACAGUAUGAUCCAAAUCGGACCCCUUCGCAUCCAUGGAAACAUCAAACAGGAGUUAGUGAUCCUUCCAGACCACCCCGACUCGCGUCUGUCCAGCCUGCCUCGCUUCCCCGCGCAGUCCCGGCUGGCGCCCUCGGUGCCGCUCACCGUGUGCCCGCUGCUGCUCCGGGCGGCCCUGCUCAAGCAGCUCAAGGGGCACGGGCCCAAGAGGUGCUGCUGCAGCACGGCGCUGAUGCCCGUGCUGCUGGACACCGAGUACGACGCCUUCAUCACGGGCCAGCCGCAGUACAGCCAGCAGAUCCUGGUGGUGGUGGUCACGCUGCCCGUCAAACCGGGCGCCACGCUGGAGCAGGACGCCAUCCAGCAGCUCUACCGCAGGAGCAACAGGAAGAGAACCAUGCCCUGCGCUCAGGUGGCAAAAUGCCAGAUGGACUCGUUUCGCCUGGUGAGGUACGAGGUGUCCACGGGGGCGUUGGGCUGCCCGGUUGACAACAUCCUGCUGCAGCAUCGACACAACGUCGCCGCCGGCAUGAUCCUGAUGUACAUCCGAGGGCGACUGAUGUUUUUGGGCUACGUCGCCAACGGUCGCACCUUCUCCGUCUUGGACCUUCAGAAGCAAAUCUUGAGAACCAGGGAGAGCUACAGGUUGGGGGCGAGCCUCCCUCCGGACUACAAAUUCAGCGAGAGCGCAAAGGUCAGCCUUUGUCCCUCGGAAGCGUCGGACGCAAACAACGUGGAAGAACCGGCGCUAACGUUAACCAACAACAUCAUCGCGUUGACUCAGUCGCCGGACAAAGAAUGUGUCGCCGAGACGUGACUGAAUCAAAGGAGCUGAUGUCCUGUCAAAUGGCUUUUGAAAUCACGAGAAAAAUAUUCCAUGCUUUGAGAAUUACAUUUGUUGAAAAGAAACAAAUGUAGCAUGAGAAAUACUUUGGAACUUCUCGCAGCGAAGAGCACCAAGGCAAUAAAUGUGGUGGCUUUCCGAUAUUGCCGAAGUGUACACCGCGCGGUUUAUACUGUCCAUGCGAUCCAAUACGAGAUCUGUUUUUCAAUGACUGGAAAGUGCGACCUUGUCUUAUGAGUGCCCCAACUUAAGAGUUUUUCCAGUUAUGAGGUGAUUUUCAGUUAUGAGUGGGCUUCAGAUGCUGGAGAUAAACAUUCUCUGUCGUAAAGUUAAACAAAUACUAAAUGUAAAACGGUCCUGUAAUUCAUAUCUGUAUUGUUGCAAGCAUUAAGCGAGCAAAAAAAAAAAAAAAAACACAUUUUCUUUUUGAAUACCUUUAUAUUUGUUAAAAAUGUUGGGCCGAUUUAUCAGUUGUCGUAGUUUUACUCUGCUAAAUAUCAGAGUUGGCAUUGGCCUCAAACAAAUCCAUAUGGGUCAGGCUGUAAUGUCGACAUGUCUUGCUGCACCGUUUGUGUUCAAAUAAAUAUCUGUUGCUUUCGAGGUUCGACCGUCCGCCAUUUCGUUAGCCUGUCCACAGCAUCGCAUUGUGAUAGCAUUAGGCUAGCUGAUUUUCUUCAGACAGUGAUGUGGUUUAGCUCUUUUGUUUAAUGUUUAGUUUUUGAGGAAACCAACCGGGCGUGUCAAUAAACAGCCCAAAGCCUCUUUUUUUGUCGCAAGAAUUGUUCAUCAGCCAAACCGCCUGGAAAGCCUCACGAGUCCGCUCAGCCGUCAGUCGUAAGUCGGGGUAGCACUAAUGCAAUUCCCGCUAAACCGUGAACAUAUUUGGUGUAGAAAGGAACAAGAUGUGUGUAAUAUUCUUGUCAGGGUGAACAUGACGUAUUGUCAACAAUUGCACAUUUCUAUUCUGGUAAAUUGCGAUAAGCCGCAGAUUUUUGUUUUCAUGGUAACUUUAGAGAUGCAAGCAAAUGUGCUUGAGACUAGACUCCUAAAAUAUCUCACACUUCUCGUGUCAUUUACGUUUAGAUUUAUAUCAGUUACCUCAAUAGAAAUGUAGAAUAAUUAUUAUUUUUUUUUAGAUACUUGUAGCACGGUCGGCCGAGCAUUUACAUGUCAUUUUUUUAAAAGUUAAUUUCUCUGCCUUUUUCCAAUAUCUGGUGAUUUACAAUGUAUUCAUUUAUGUCAUUCAAUAAAUGGUUGAUUGAUUUAUUGCAUCUAUAUCAGCAAAAUAUUCAGUACCUCAUUUACUUUAUUAUUGUUUUUUUUUUACUUUAUGAAUGAUUAUUAAUGCAUUCGCAAACAUUUCUAUUGUUGGAUAAUUGGUUCAUUUAUUAUAAUGAAAUUAUGAAUAAUGAAAUAAAAAUGAACUUGGAUUAAUAUCUUAUUAAAACAAUCAAUAGAAUAUAAAUGUAAUAUAAGUAUAAAAGAAUAUUCCUUAAAUUCCAUUAUAAUUCACAUUUUCGGAUUCAGUUCGAUGUGCCUAUUUUACAUAAAAUAAUUGUGAAAUUAUUUGAUCAUUGAUUGUGGCUUUCCUCACACAAACACAAAAUAAUCCAUGUAAAAAAUUUUUGUUUUUUUUUGUUUUUCCCCCAGUAAUAACUGACUUGUUUCUGGUUUUGUUUAAAAAAAAAAAAAAAAAAAAAGGGCGAAUUUGCAAAUGAAGUGUAAAUAAAAAGAAAUGUAACUUCAUUAUUGGUUAGAUUGUAUUAGACUCUCUAAAUAAUCUAAAUCAAUGGAAACAGUGGUUAAAUGUGAAAUGUAAAUAUUUCCUGUAAAAAGCUUUAGAAAAUAUGAUUUAUUCUUCUCUUUGCUCAUUUUUCCAUUGAGAUUUGUGUUUUCAUGUAUAACAUAACAUGUCUGCCUUGUCUUCUGUGUGCUGAAUAAAAAUGAACAAACGCAGAAUAUAA